UGUCCCACCAAUUAUUUCGUGCAUUUUUAUAGAGUACUCCCCUUUCAGCUUUACAAACAAAGAAGAAAGAUCCCCUCUUUUUGCUGUCGCUUUUAUCUUUUGCAUUUUUUAUAAUUUUGCAAUGAAUUGUCUUCAGAAUUUUCCCAGGCUUUAUGCUUUGCCAUCUGAAUUCUUCAAACCCCAUGAAAUUAAACCUUCAAGCUUUGUUCAUAUGUUGCCUGUGAUGAAUGCUAAUGAUCUGGAUAUUCGCCAGAGUGUGGCUGUAAAGGCAGUUUCUGGCUCAAAAUCCAGCAGUGAGAUGAGCGAGGUUGCGGAGGAGAAGAAAUCAGAUGUAUACAGUGAUACCAUGACAGAAGCAAUGGGUGCUUCUCUGACUUACAGGCAUGAAUUAGGGAUAAAUUAUAAUUUUAUUCGGCCAGACUUGAUUGUCGGUUCAUGCCUACAGAGUCCUGCAGAUGUUGACAAACUUCGAAAUAUUGGUGUUAAAACAAUUUUCUGUCUCCAACAAGAUCCAGAUUUAGAAUAUUUUGGAGUUGAUAUCAAAGCUAUUCAGAAGUAUGCAGAAAAAUAUAUUGAUAUAGAACAUAUCCGUGCUGAAAUAAGGGACUUUGAUGGGUUUGAUUUACGGAUGAGGCUUCCAGCUGUGGUGAGCAAGUUAUAUAAGGCUAUGAACCGAAAUGGAGGCAUUGCCUACAUACAUUGUACUGCUGGAAUGGGUAGAGCUCCUGCUGUUGCGUUAGCCUACAUGUAUUGUGUUCAAGGAUAUAGGCUAAAUGAAGCCCACAGGUUAUUGCUGAGCAAACGUUCUUGUUGCCCUAAAUUGGAUGCUAUUAAAAGUGCAACAGCUGACAUUCUUACAGGCCUCAAAAAGAAGUCAACCAUAUGCAAAUGGGAUGAUCCAAAUUGUACCCUUGUUGAAAUUUCUGGGCUUGAUGUUGGUUGGGGCCAGAAAGUUCCACUGAAAUUUGACAAGGAGCAGAAUGCUUGGAUUUUGCAGAGAGAAUUGCUGGAAGGACAUUACGAGUACAAGUAUAUUGUUGAUGGUGAAUGGACCUGCAACAAGAAUGAACUUGUCACUCCUACAAAUAACGAUGGUCAUACCAAUAACUAUGUUGUGGUUUCCGCUGAUGAUCCAGAUAGUGAUAGAGCACAGGUGAGGAAGAGGUUAACCGGGGAAGAUCCAGAUCUUACCACAAAUGAACGAAUCAAAAUACGGCAAUUUCUCGAGGAAGUCUCAGAUCAUGAAUGAUGUAAAAGGAUGCAAAUUAAAGUCAAUGUGAUAGUGACUUUAAGGCACAUUAUAUACAAUCGCAGCAAUACUAGUAGUUUAUACCAAUACUGAAAUGCCCCGCACUAGCUAUUCAAUAUUUAUGUUAAUAAUGUGGUUGAUAUAUGUAAAGAACCUCUCGAUGUAAAGUUGACUAAUAAAAUAAUUUUUAAGCUAUAUGUGUGGGUUUUAUGAAGCUUGGAGAAUUGGAGGUUUGA